AUGAACAAAACUAGUUCAAUGUCCUCUUACCUUGUGCAGGCUGACCAGUGCAGUGGCCUUCAAGGGUUCCUGGUCUUCCACAGCUUCGGAGGAGGCACAGGCUCUGGAUUCACGUCCCUCUUGAUGGAGCGUCUCUCAGUGGAGUUUGGGAAGAAGUCCAAGCUGGAGUUCUCGGUGUACCCUGCCCCACGGGUCUCCACUGCGGUGGUGGAACCCUACAAUUCCAUCCUGACCACCCACACCACGCUGGAGCACUCGGACUGUUCUUUCAUGGUGGACAAUGAAGCCAUUUAUGACAUCUGCAACCGGAACCUUGAUAUCGAGCAUCCCUCCUACACCAACCUGAACAGGCUGAUAGCCCAGAUAGUGUCGUCCAUCACG